AUGCUAGCUUCUCUUUUAUUCACUCUACUUGAAUCUGUUCAGUCUAAAUGCAAUGAGCCUUGUGACUGUGAUAGCAGCUUUACAUCCUGCUCAACAGAGGUCUGUGAGCAAGACUGCUUAAAGGCUUGUUAUACUAAGUUUGACGGUGAUUGCAAAAAGUAUAAGAGUAUCAUCGAUGUUAGGCCAUUUAUAUGUUUUGAUGACUGCUGCCCAUCACUAAAGGAUUGCUGCAAGCCUUACUUAGAAUUUGCUAAUAUUGCUGAAUUUGUAGCUAAAAUUCCAAAUGCUAAAAAAUUGAAGAAAAUGUACAUUAAAAAUGACGUAAAAGGCCUUAUUAAAUUUGCAUCUCAAUGUGAUGGAUGUGAGAACUACGAUGCGCUCAAUGCAUUCUAUUACAAUGCUGAUUCUCAUUCUGGAAUUUAUUCCCUUAAAUUUGACUCGAACUUCAUUCUUUUCUUCCUUCAGAGGUUCUAUUACUAUCUUGAUCUCAUAGUUGAUAGCUCAACUAUUAAGAUAUCACAUACUGCUCUGAUGUGUGCAAAGACUAAUAAAUGUUAUGAUCUACUCUGCCCUCCCUGCACUUAUACUGAUCUUACUUUCGGAAGUGAAUCUAAUGCUUUGAAAUUGUUUAAUUCCAUUCUUGGCAAUACAGCUAUCCACGAUAUUGUUAUAAUCUUCAUUCGUAUCCUUUUGUAUCAAAUCCACAUAACCGUUUCUAGGUGUGCAGAACAAAAUAAUAAACUUGGGGGCUUCUCAACUUAUAGCCUCUAUGCUGAGCUUCUCCAGCAAUAUUUGGUAAAAACUAAAGAUCUCAAUGUUGCCAAUACUCUGUAUGUAGAAAACUUUGGCUCAAGUCAGGUCAAUUUCUUCUACAUUUGGUUCCCAUUUGAAAAUAAUACAGCAACUGGAAUAGUUGGUGCUGCAAACCUAUUAAAUGUACCAUCUGCCACCUAUACCAACUCAGAAACGUUCAGGUUCCUGAAUUCUGACUAUUAA